UCUGACAUAUAAGAUCGCCAGCCUUUCCUUCACCGUCAGCCGUCGCUCAUUGCGUAUCGUCGUCUUCUUCACAGGUAUAGGGCAAAAGGCUUAGUCAACAGGAGAAGAUGGCAAGUGAAGAUGUUGUUGCAGAGACACCUGCUGCUCCUGCCCUGGGUGAGCCCAUGGAUGCAAUGACGGCAUUGCAGCUUGUGCUGAGGAAAUCCCUUGCUCACGGUGGGCUGGCUCGAGGCCUUCAUGAAGGUGCUAAGGUGAUUGAGAAACAUGCAGCCCAACUAUGUGUGCUGGCCGAGGACUGUGAUCAGCCUGACUAUGUUAAAUUGGUCAAAGCACUUUGUAAUGAUCACAAUGUCAAUCUGAUUACAGUUCCUAGUGCAAAGACCCUUGGUGAAUGGUCUGGUCUGUGCAAGAUUGAUUCCGAGGGCAAAGCUAGGAAGGUUGUUGGAUGCUCUUGUGUUGUUGUAAAGGAUUUUGGAGAGGAGACUGAAGGCCUCCAUGUUGUUCAAGACUAUGUGAAAACUCACUAAGUGCUUAGCAAUAUGAUUGUGUUCUUGCAGUUUUAUCUUUAGUGAUUUGGGUUUAGCUUGUUUUGAAAACACUUAAAAGUUUUUGAUAGUUCAAGAAUCAAUGUGGUGGAUAUUUACGAGUUUUAAAAUUAAAAAUUGUUUCCUAUGUUCAUGUUUA